UUCUUUUCGCACUGACCGCUCCUCUCACCGCUCUCAAUCCCGAAUUCCAAAUCCCGAAUUCCAAAUUCGCCGUUAACCAUAUCGUGUUCCACCUCAAAGUACGCCCUGAUGCGUAGUUCCCAUGGAAGAUCCGAUAUUCCCGACGCCGAGCUCAAGGGUUUCGCCUCGUCUCCGCUUCUAGAAAAUUUCCACUCUUGUUCCCUAUAAUUCUCGCAUCAAACCCUGGAAGAUAUGGGGUUGAUGGGUUACUCUCAGCAAUAUCUACCUUCCGGAAUAUGGGAUUCUUAAAUUUUACCAUUUUCGAUCGGGAAUUCUUUGUUCAGAGGGUUUGUGUGUCAGGUUUUGGGAAAGAUUCGAUUUUUAUUGGUGAAACUGUUGCUUGGAUCACGGUGGCUUAGAAAUUGAAGAAUUUUCGUUUUUUAAAUAUAGAGGUUUUGGAAGUGAUCGGUGGUUUAAUGUGGCUCACAUUGUUAAUUGCAUGAGAAGAGAGAGUCUUCAAUGGAUUCAUCUGAUGGGAAGAAUGAUGGCAUUCAUGGCAAGACCGGUUUGGAGAACAAUGGAGAUUUUGUGAUCAAUGUUGGGUGCUGUGGAGGAGGGAGAAGUGAUGUCGGAAGCUCUGGUGGUGCCGAAAAGGAGGAGAAGAUAUGCAGGGUUUGUCAAAUGAGUUCAGACUGCGUGUCGCAGUCUGGAGAUCUGAUUCAGCUUGGUUGUCGGUGUAGGAAUGAUCUCGGGACGGCUCACCGCAACUGUGCUGAGCUCUGGUUUGCUAUGAAAGGGAACAGAGUUUGUGAAAUUUGUGGUGUAGUUGCAAGAAAUGUUACCGGAGUGGGAGACUCUGACUUCAUGUUGGAGUGGAAUGAUAUGCCUAGAACUUCCUACUUCCAUAGAUCAACAAAAUGGAGGUAUCAUCAUGUUUGCACUUGUGUUGCAGCAAUAUUAUUUGGAGCCUUGACAAUACAUUGGAUUUUGCAGCAAAGGCAUCAUUCACCAUAGUUCUUUUUGCUAUAUGCAAAUAAUUCUCCAGGAAGUCGUGCAAUUCUUCUACUCUUUUUCCAGUUUGCGUCAUAGCAUGCUGGUGCCAUGUAUCUUAAUUAAGCUUUUGACAUUCUUUGGUUCAUGAAGUUUGUUUCUUUGGUUGCUUAAUCUACAAUCUUAGUCCUAUGGUUACGUGACCCUUUGCCCAGGACUCCAACAAAUCUAAAUGGCUUGAUG